AUGCCAAGUGUCAAAUUUAUAGUUUUGCUGUGCGUUUUGCCAGUGUUCUUCAGCCAGGGCUCAUGUAAGGACUCGGAUUCAUACCAUAAUGUGCAUUCUCUUAAGCAUGCCAAGGCACAGGGAAAACAAAUUGAAGGUAAAGAAGUCGCACAUUUAUUCCGUAGAGGGGGUACUUGCAAAUUCCCCAACGGAGACGGAAUGGUAGCGGUGCAAACCAGUGGGAAAAAUGCGGGAUGGGCCAUGCAUAAUGACCAAGAAUGUUCAUAUGGAUCGUGGUGUCCAUAUGCAUGUGAAUCAGGACAAUUGAUGAACCAAUGGGAUCCCGAAGUCACUUCGUAUACCUACCCAGGUUCCCAGUACGGUGGAUUAUACUGUGACGACAGUGGUAACUUGCAGAAAAAGAGAAGCGGUGGCUACUGUUACGAAGGUAAAGGAACAGUCGUCGCAAAUAACAAGGCAGGUUCAGGUGUUGCCUUUUGUCAAACUGUCUUACCAGGUAAUGAAGAAAUGAUGAUUCCAACUUUAGUUGAUGGAGGUUCCCAAGAAACUUUGGCAGUUCCUGGUACUGAAUAUUGGGCGGGUACUGCCGCUCAUUACUACAUCAACCCUCCAGGCACUAGUGUCAGUGAUGGUUGUCAAUGGGGAUCUACGGCAAAGGCCAUUGGUAACUGGGCACCUUAUGUGGCCGGUGCUAACAUGGAUGACAGCAAAAAUACAUUUGUGAAAAUCGGUUGGAAUCCUGUCUACUUGGAAUCAGGCUCACCUUUCAAGAACACAAAGCCUAGCUUUGGUGUCAAAAUCACUUGUGAUGAUGAAUCUAAUUGUGAAGGGUUGCCUUGCAGUAUCGAUCCAUCUAAACAGGAUGUUAAUGAAGUUGAAUCGAAUGAAAAGUCUACCGGUGACGGCGCAACUUUCUGUGUCGUAACUGCGAAGAACGGAGCCAAAGCAAAUAUCGAAGUGUUCGAAAGCGGUAGUAGCAGCCAGAAAAAGAGAGAACAUCACGCCCACAGGGAAAACGUGCAGACAACAACAGAGUAUAAGACAGUUACAGUGAAAGUUUAA